AUGGCAUUGAAGGGUGGUCAGAUCCAGACAACUGAGUUCUGGUCCAAUGUCCUGAUACACUACCAAGGUGUCAAGCAUGACGAGGACUUGGAGGGCUGCAGACCUUGGCUUUCUGGCAAUUGGGAACUUGAAGAAAUCCGCAAGAUAGUCUUGAGCACCGAAUUUGUCCCUGUCCAAGAUACUACGAGCCUUGAAACACUGUACAUGAACGCUCGCAAUUACAACGGUGCGGACGUAAGUGUCCUUCUAGCCAAGUCCAACAUACCAGAAUCAUACGUCCUCCAACCUCUACUCUACACCGCCGCUAGAGAAGGCAACUUCGAUUUGUUCUCCUAUUGUAUCGACCACGGUGCAGAUAUCUCAGCAGGCACACGCAUCCUGAACUACAUACAUCCCAGCACGAACGACACAAGAUGGCUCGACCUUCUCCACGAUCUAGACUUCAUGCAAUGGAAGACCAAGCCCAAGAAUCUCUCCUACAGCCGAAGCUACUGGCCAAUCCUCCAAAUGGGCCCAGAAUGCAUCCGCUGGUGGCUCCACCACGGCGGCACCCAACACCGCGCACGAUACUCAGUAGAGCACGCACAAUACCUCCCCCCUGCACCCGCAAUCCGGGUCUUCCUUGAGCAUUUCGGAUUAGCAUGGUUUCGUGAUUCCGGGUUUCUCCAGUUUGCGUGCCAGAAGGGUGAUAUGGAGAGUGUGGUGCUGCUUGUAGAGGCUGGGGCUGAUGUCAAUGAGGAUGUUACUCCGCUGGGGGAUGAUCUUAGGGAGGGCCCGGUAUAUGUUGGGAGGGCGUUGGAUAUGGCUUUAAUUGGGGGGCAUGAUGCUCUUUUUCGUUAUUUGUUGCAGCGUGGGGCGCGGGUUCGCAGGAGUUGUGUGCGGAGUGGGUGGGCGGGGCGGCAGCAGAUGGUGGAUUUGAUAGAGCGGGUUGGGGCUAUUGAAGAAGAUUGA